CUUUUGGGUCGUUUUGGACCUUGGUGUCAACCAACCAAAAUUCAGACACACGACAACUUCCUUUGCAUUCGGAACAACAGCUCACACCAAAUCACAAAUUCGGCAAAGCGUCGCAUCACUCGCCGUUGUCAUUUUCUCUUCUUGGAAGAGCCGCUCGUCUGAGACGCUCACCUAGAUUACAGGGAGAGAAAUUGAGCGACUUUUUUUUUUCGUGGGUGAUUAUUACUUGUGUCGAGAGAAGGGUGGGUUGGAAGUUUGGUGCUCAUGGACAACGUCCUUCACAAGCUCCGGAAACUGGACGCGUACCCUAAAGUUAAUGAGGAUUUCUAUAGCCGUACCUUUUCCGGUGGACUUAUCACCCUCGUCUCCUUCGUUCUCAUGCUCUUUCUCUUCUUCUCCGAGCUCAGAUUAUUCCUCCAUACCGUUUCUGAGACAAAGCUUGUGGUUGAUACUUCAAGAGGGGGAACCCUACAUAUCAAUUUUGAUGUCACCUUUCCAGCUGUUCCAUGUUCAUUGCUAAGUCUUGACGCCAUGGAUAUCAGUGGAGAGCAACACCUUGAUAUAAGACAUGAUAUAGUCAAGAAAAGAAUUGAUGCUCAUGGCAAUGUAAUAGAGGUUAGGCAGGAUGGGAUUGGUGCGCCAAAGGUUGAGAAGCCCUUACAGAGACAUGGUGGCAGGCUUGAACACAAUGAAGAAUAUUGCGGUUCAUGUUAUGGUUCAGAAACGUCAGAUGAUGAUUGCUGUAACUCAUGCGAAGAAGUUCGUGAAGCAUAUAGGAAAAAAGGUUGGGCACUAACAAAUAUGGAUAUGAUUGACCAGUGCAAACGAGAAGGUUUUAUCCAAAAGAUAAAAAAUGAAGAAGGUGAAGGAUGUAAUAUCAAUGGGGUGCUUGAAGUGAAUAAAGUCGCUGGAAGUUUUCAUUUCGGAACUGGGAAAAGCUUUCACGACUCGAAUGUUCAGUUGCACAAUUUGUUGGCUUUCCAAGACGAUAAUUAUAAUAUAACUCACAGGAUCAACAAAUUGUCUUUUGGUCACUACUUUCCUGGCUUGAUAAAUCCCCUUGAUGGGGUACAAUGGGUGCAUGAAAAUCCAAAUGGUGCAUACCAGUAUUUUAUCAAGGUGGUCCCUGCUAUAUUCACUGACAUUAGAGGGCGUACCAUCCAGUCAAAUCAGUAUUCUGUGACAGAGCAUUUUAGGAGUGCAGAUCCAGGUCGCUCUCGCUCUCUUGCUGGAGUUUUCUUCUUUUAUGACAUUUCCCCAGUUAAGGUGACCUUCAAAGAGGAGCAUAUUCCGUUCUUACACUUUAUGACCCAUAUUUGUGCAAUAAUUGGUGGUAUUUUCACAGUAGCGGGGAUCAUAGAUUCGUUCGUCUAUCAUGGUCAAAGAGUGGUCAAGAAAAAAAUGUAACUCGGCAAAUGUACUAAUAGUUUGGCCGUUCUGCUUGUGUUUGAUCCAAUCUUGUGGUUGGUGUUUUACACAAGAAAUUUGUGAGGCAGAGAAAUUUUGUAAUCAUUUCUUAUGAAGUUUAUUUCUGUUGCAAUCACAAAAAUCACAUGAAUGAUAUGUUCAACUAAUGGAAGGGGUUCAAUUUCUUUUUCUUU